AUGCCGGAGAACCUCAAACCAAUACUGCCACAGCCCUCACAGCCAUCGCAUGCCAGAAAUCUCAGAGAUGAAGCACUCAGACGCCUCUCCCGAUCACCUCACCCAUACCACCGACAGCGGUUUGAAAUACAACAUGCCUCGGAGCGCCUCGAGUAUGCGCCGGUCAAAAAAUCACCCCUCCAUUCGAAACAUAAUACGGACGAUGAAGAGCUAGAACAUACACACUCUCCGCUAGUCGGCUACUCCGAAUCAACUGCGAGUGACAGUGGCACAGAGGCGGAUGAUGAACACUUCUUAAAAGGGCUGCCGGCGCCCAAGAGCAGGCCGCAUAAAGGGCUGAGAGGGUUGGAUGGGACUUUCUCUGUUUCACCAAGCCCCUUACCAUCUCCAGCUAUACUAGAAACAGAUUCGAAUAAGCUACUCGAAUACGGGUCAAGAUAUGCAACAUCGUUCACAUCUGGGGCGAAAGUAGAGGCAGUUAGAAAAGCAGCUGAGAAGCUCCGGCGCAAACGAAGAAUUGAAAUAAUUAGAAGAGUGUCCGAGACGGGUAUCCUUGGAUUUGUUGCAGUUCUACUGUGUAUUCAUUCGGAUGUGCGACAACUGAUAUGGUUAUGGAGGAGAGAAUUGGCAUGCCAACUUUCUAUGAUCUUCUCCUUGAUUACAGUAUACCCUUUGCGAGUUAUGCGUCACAUAAAACCAUCGAGACCAUGGGAACCACCCUUUGCGAUCGCAAUUCCUGCGACAUUUGAUCCCGCUCCGCUCCUAUACCCACCAAUCAUCACAAUGCUUGUAUCAUUACUUACUUCAGCGAGUAAUCCGGCUGGACUUCUACCUAGUAUAAUGUUGGCGAUAUGCUCUUUGCCAAAAGAGCUGAUACCUUCAACUGGUGGCAUUGAGGGAGGAAAUCUAUGUCACUGGCUCCUCUCAUGCUUGCCAUUGAUGAUGCCUAAAAGUGGUGAUGCUCUCAAAGUUUUCGAAUCCCCUAUUUCAAAUUCUCUCAGAUUUGACGCAGAAAUCCUGGCUUUAUUGCAACCCCUGCACUCGUCGCUGUGCGAUACGCUGCAGUAUCUCACCACAACAAGCCUGCUUCCAGCAGAGCUGCAAUUGCUAUCGAUUUCAUUGAUUGAGCUGCUUCUUUUAGCUGUUUCCCCACAAGCAGUCAUUUUGAAAUCGGUUCUCUGGGGAUGCGGAAUUGGUAUUUUGAUUACUUGCACACAUGUGCUUCAUUGGGGAGUUACGUUGGCACGAGUGCCGAAGUGGCGCUUCAGGCGCGCCAGCAUCGGCACCAAGCGGAAAGGACCAUCUUUACUUAGAAUGUUAUUUGGAGGAAAUAAGAACUUUCUCCCAAAUCGAAGUUCAUCGAUAGUGUCGAGCGAAUCGUCAGAUGACGAGGCAGUGGAGACUUGGAAGACUACUUCACGCGGGAAGCCGCAGCUUGACCUGAAGACGCGAGAUACAAUAUCAAUGUCCAGGGCAUCCGGCGAAAAUGGAUCAAUGUCUGCGAUUGAUCCUUCUAUGGGGAAUUCCUUCAAAGAUAACAAGGUCAAUUUCGAUGAAUCAAUGUCUGGUAUCCAGCGCAGGCAUACCGUUCCUCACAUAGUCAAUCUCCCAGAGCGAUCGAGCAAAAGAACUCCAUCUGGUCGCAAGAAAAGAUCAGCGUCUACCAGCAUCCAAUCAUUCUUCUCUUUGACUCAAACUCAAGCAACGGUACGAAAGUGGCUGUACGCUGCCUGGGUCUAUCUUUGCAUUCUUGUCAUCAUUCUCGGCGGCGUAAGAGAGUACGUUACAAGUUUUGCUUUAAACUCACACGAACCCAUCGGUUGGGCGUUAGGCUACCUUUUUGGUGAUAUCCCUUGGUUUAGGAUGGAGGUUAUGACAGCAAACCUCCAACGAUGGAUCAUCUUACCAAGGCGCAACGCAUUUGACGACCAAGAAUACUGUCAAUCCGGAUGGGUUGAACAUCUACGCAAAACCUCAUUUGGUGACGCCAACACUCGUCUCAUCCUAUGCGCUUACUGGAUAGGUAUCAUCAUCGUCGGUCUUCUAGUCGUCUUCCGCCUAUCAGCAGUCUACGAAGUUGACACACGAAGAAAAGUCUUCCAUUUCAUGAUGGUCGCCAUGCUUCUCCCAGCAACCUACGUCGACCCCACCUUUGCCGCCCUUGCCCUCGCCCUCAUGCUUUCCAUUUUCCUCCUCCUCGACCUCUUCCGCGCCUCCCAACUCCCACCUCUCUCAAAAUCCCUAGCCUACUUCUUAACCCCCUACGUCGACGGCCGCGACCUCAAAGGUCCGGUCGUAAUCUCCCACAUCUUCCUCCUCAUAGGCUGCGCUAUCCCACUCUGGCUCUCCCUCGGCACUCUGCCACGCUCCGGCCACGACCAUCUCGCUGGCUGGGAACUGCCUACCAGGGAAGUAAGUAUGGUCAGCGGCGUCGUUUGCGUCGGGCUCGGUGAUGCUGCGGCAUCCCUUAUCGGUCGGCGGUACGGUCGGCAUAAAUGGAUUUGGGGAGGUGGGAAGAGUAUCGAAGGCAGCGUUGCGUUUGCAGCUGCCGUGUGGACGGCGCUGAUGUUUGCGAAGCUCUGGCUAAGGGUUGGUGGGUGGCCAGCGAAUAAUUAUGAUUCCUGGUUUCUGACAAUUGGCAAAUCGGGCGUUGCGGCGGGGUUGGCGAGUCUGACGGAGGCGGUGUUGACGGGGGGUAAUGAUAAUGUGGUUGUGCCUGUUGUGCUUUGGCUUUGUGUUAAGGGGUUGGAUGUUUAG